GAAAUUCCGUUCUAAACAAAUUGUUGCGCCAUUUCGAUUGUUUGUACGCGAUAAGUUAAUCAACGGCAUAACAAUUUGAGAAUUUUCACACACGUGGAUCUUUUAUUGAAUACAAGAUGGAUAGAUCAUGUUUCAAAGUUUUGGAACUGUAUAGUGGUAUAGGUGGAUUUAAUUUUGCCAUUAAAGAACUUUUUGAAGAGGAAAAAUCCAUCGAAUAUUAUAUAACCGCCAUAGAUAUUAAUACUUCAGCUAACAUAGUUUAUAGAUUGAAUCAUAAUUCCAACAACGAAUGCAAACUUUUGGAACAUAAUAUUGAAUCGCUUACCAGCGAUGAUUUCGAUCGUAUGAAUCUUGAUUUGUUGACAAUGAGUCCACCCUGUCAACCAUUUUCGAGGUUAGGCAAUCAAUUGGAUCUUAAGGAUUCUCGUAGUUCUUCAUUUAAACACCUAAUGCAGCUGUUUCCAAGUAUAAGAAAUAAACCUCGAUUUAUAAUGUUGGAAAAUGUGAAAGGUUUCGAAAUUUCGAAUGCUCAUCAAUUGUUUAUUUCUACAUUACGAGAUUGUAAAUAUCGUAUGCGAGAAUUUCUUCUUUCACCCGAUCAAUUUGGCAUACCGAAUUCUCGCCUUCGAUAUUACUUGUUGGCCAAACAUGAAUCUGGUGAAUUUCAAGAUGAAGAAAAUGAGGAAAUUUCGACUCUGGUGCCCUUGCCACAUGGAAAUAGUUCGAUUUUCUCUCACGAAAAUGUUGAAUAUAAGAAAAAUAUUCGACUAAAAGAAUUCUCUCUCAAAAAUUAUCUGGAAAAAGAUGAGAAUUUUGAUAUUCGAAAAUUUCAAUUGACCGAUGAACAGCUUCUACGUUAUCAUAUGAUAAUCGAUAUUGUCGAUCCCGAAAAUUCUAUGGCCAAAACAAAUUGUUUCACAAAAUCUUAUGGACAUCGUCUUGAAGGUUGUGGAUCAAUUUUAAAAACUUCGGAACAAUUUUCUAUUGACGAAAUUUUUUCUGCUAUACAAAAAACUUCCGAUUCAGCCACAAUCAUCAAAUUAUUACACAAAUUAAAACUUAGACUUUUUACUCCAAAAGAAAUUGCUAAUCUUAUGUGUUUUCCUUGUUGUUUAGAAUUUCCUGAAGAUUUUACUACCAAACAACGUUAUCGUUUGCUUGGCAAUUCUGUCAAUGUAUUGGUUUGUAACUAUUUGUUAAAAAUUUUACUUGGCCCACUUGCAACAAUGAAACGGAAAAUUGAAUAAAUAGGAAAUUUUGUGUUUCAUUCUUUUGCAAAAAAAUUCAAAAUGAAUUUUUCUGAAACUAUUGCUAACG